AUGUCUGCUACUAAGGAAGAUGUCUGUAAUCAUGUCAAAGUGGUGGUCCGUGUCCGUCCAGAAUCUCAAAAGGAAAGAGAUGGCAACUUUACCAAGGUUGUCCAUGUUGUUGACCAGCAUAUAUUGGUCUUUGAUCCAAAGGAGGAAGAAGUUAGCUUUUUUCAUGGAAAGAAAAUGACCCAUAGGGAUAUUAAUAAAAGACAAAAGAAAGACCUGAAAUUCGUGUUUGAUGCUGUUUUUGCUGAAAGUUCAACGCAAUUGGAAGUUUUUGAGCAUACUACCAAAAGUGUGAUCGAUGGCUUCUUAAAUGGAUAUAACUGCACAGUGCUUGCAUAUGGUGCAACGGGAGCUGGAAAGACUCAUACGAUGCUGGGUUCUCCUGAAGAUCCUGGUGUGAUGUAUUUAACCAUGAUGGCGCUUUAUAGUUGCAUGGAUGAAAUAAAAGAAGAUAAAAUAUGCAAUAUUGCUGUCUCUUAUUUAGAGGUCUACAAUGAACAGAUCCGUGAUCUGCUGGUAAACUCGGGACCUCUGGCUGUUCGUGAAGAUACCCAGAAAGGGGUGGUAGUGCAAGGGCUAACAUUACAUCAACCUAAAUCAGCAGAGGAAAUCCUUCAAAUGUUGGAUUAUGGAAAUAACAAUAGAACACAGCACCCCACAGACGUAAAUGCCUCCUCUUCCCGGUCCCAUGCUGUCUUUCAGAUUUAUCUAAGGCAGCAAGAUAAACCAGCCAGUAUCAAUCAAAAUGUUCGCAUCGCCAAAAUGUCUCUCAUUGACCUGGCAGGAUCUGAACGUGCCAGCGUGACAAAUGCCAAGGGGGCCCGCUUUAGAGAAGGAGCAAAUAUUAACCGCUCCCUGCUAGCUCUGGGAAAUGUCAUUAAUGCCUUGGCAGAUCCAAAGAGUAAGAAACAGCACAUCCCUUAUCGAAACAGCAAGCUCACUCGUUUAUUAAAAGAUUCUCUUGGAGGAAAUUGCCGAACAAUAAUGAUAGCUGCCGUUAGUCCAUCGUCUAUGUUCUAUGAUGAUACAUAUAAUACUCUUAAGUAUGCAAACCGAGCAAAGGAUAUCAAGUCUUCUUUGAAGAGCAAUGUUGUUAGUUUGGACAGUCACAUAAGCCAAUAUGUUAAAAUCUGCAAUGAACAAAAGAAAGAGAUCCUAAUGUUGAAAGAGAAGCUGAGAGAAUAUGAAGAAAAGCAAGGAAGCAUUCCUGGAAAUUCUAAUGCUGCAAUACUUUCAAACAACCAACAAGUGAUAAUACAAAGAUACAAAGAAAUCCUUCAAAGUGUGUUUGCAAACCGUGAGGAAAUCAGAAAAGAAUACCUCAAAUUGGAAAUGCAACUAAAGGAAAAUGCACUGAAGACACAUUACCAGAAACAAUGUCAUGAGCAAAUCCAACUGAUUUGUUCUGAAGAAAGAGUAGAAAAGGCCACUUGCAAGAGGGAUCAAAGGCUUGCAAUGCUUAGAACCCACCGCAUGCACAUACACCAGAAGAGAGAGGAGGAGGCUAAACUUUUUGAGGAAAAUACCAAUUGGCUGCAUCGUGUUGAGAAUGAAAUGUGUCUCCUGGGUCAAGAUGGGUGCAUUCCAAAGGAACUCUGUGAAGAUCUGCAGUGUUGCCAUUUAAACCUAGAAGUUAAAGACUUGAAAGCCCAGAUUGAGCACAUGUUAUCUCUGGUGGCCCUUCAAGAUCGGCAUUAUAAGCAGACAGAAAAAGUGCUAAAUACUUUGCUUCCAGUUCUUCGCAAGCAGUACCUGGCUUUGAAAGAAGCUGGGUUGACACAUAGUGUAUCUGAGACUGAAUAUGGGGAGGUUGAGCAGCUGAUACAAAGACAAAAAUCAGUAGUUUGGGCUGACCAGGCUGAAGAGAAGGAACAAAAUCAAAACCAUGAACUAGAGUUGUCUGCUGUCUUUGCAUUCCCACAGCUUGUGAACAGACCAAACACCCCAUGCC